AUGAUGCAGUGGUCGAUGGCAUAUGGAAUUCCAGCCGCCAUUGCCAUCUCCAGUGGAUGGUCCAACUUUGUGAAGCAUGUGCAGACUUACCGGGCUCUCCACUACUGGUGGGUUCCAGAUUCGACCUUCAUCGAUAUGUUGCCCGAGCAGUUGAUUUUUGCUCGCCACAGUGCCAAUGAGUGGCUGAUGGGAGACAAGAAGACUGGAGGUGCAAGAAGCUACGUGUCCAAGAUGGUGAGCAGCAACUUGCAAUCCAAGGCCGGGAAGGUGCGAGAGUUCGUGUCCAAGAUCAACUUUGAGCUACCGGAAGUGCAGAAGCUCCUGCUGGAGCUGGGGCAGUCCUCCGCCUACAACGUGUCCUGCCAGUGGAUGCGAGACCACCGAGCCAGGUGGUCAGCCUGGAAACCCGUGGAGACCAGCUGCUAUGAAGGCUUUGGCUUGGUCGAUGCGUUUGGAGGCUUCGUCUCGAACAGGACAAGUGCAGUUGGAUGCGGCCUGUGCCAGGCAGGAACUGCAUCGGAGGAGCUCAUUGAUGAUGUGGGAAGAACCUUCCAAUGCAAACAAUGCCCUCCUGGCUACAGUCAAUCAAACACAUACUCCACCCAAUGUUAG